AUGAGAGCGCCACAAGCAGCGCUGAUCUCUUUGUGUAUCUUCUGUGUGAUAAUUACUCCGUGCAUUGUGGCAUACGGCAAGGACAAGGUCGAGGAGGACCAGUUUCUCGACUUGGACUCCUUAGACGACAGCAAGCUGAGAGAUCUUGAAAGAGAGCUUCAGAGCCUGCUGAUCCAGGAGAAUGAAAUCCAGAAUGAGUACCAUGGUGAUAUUCCCACUGGAGGGUAUACACCUAGCCCAGGGUCAUCGGCGAGGGAACAGGAAAUUCGAACUCUGCACGAGAAACCUUCCGCAACACGUCACGGAUCAGGAACAAACGUCGGGGUUGCUGGUAAGAAGGUCAAAGUCAGCAAGUCAGCCUCGGUCGGCUCUCAAUUCCCAGAGGUACGAGUGGUAGAAUUCCCCAAGAAGGAAUCCAACGCUUCAACGAACGCUUCUGCUAGUCAAUCCUCAUUCAAUGGUGGGCAGAGUCUGCUGUACACUCAGGCGAUUGAACUAGCUUUCAAACAACUCCUUGAACUCCUUGAAGAUAUUGAGUCGUACCGGACCGCACGGUUUUUCGUCAAGAUCGGGUUGAAAUGUUCUCAUGACCUCAUUUACACGGUUGUCACAAACGACUUCUCCAAAAUUCAGAAAUACAGACUCGAGCCGAUGGCAAACAUCGCGUCUUCUCUCUUGCAGACAGCGCGUAUUGAGAUACAGAACUUUUCAGCAGCUGAGAAAAUCUCUCAACUUUAUCGUGCAGUUCAACGCAGGAAGGCAGAGCUCCGUCAAAAGAUCUUGCAAGGUCGUUCCAUACACAAUCAAUCAGACGGCCCAGACCCUGAAGUAGCUGUGGCGAUGCUCGCUGUAUGGAUGACCCUCGGCUUUGCCCUGCUGCUGUGGAUGCGUUGGAGCAGCGUACAGGAUCGAAAGAGGAUCGCACAAUUGCCGGAUUUUGACUCCUUGUACCCUACUAUCGGUGUUGGUUUGCAGCUCGAGCAGGAUGACGACGGUCUGAUCAAAGUUCGCUUCCUCGAGCCUGGCAGUCCCUCGCUGGUGUCAGGAAAGAUCCGGACGGGCGACAUCUUGCACAGCGUUGACGGGGUUCUGAGCAAGGGGAAAACUAUCAAAGACAUGGAAGAUUACAUCAUUGGCACUCCUGGCACGAAAGUUGUGCUGGCGUUCUUGAAGAAGGGAGCCUCUGAACAAAGUUUGACGGUACCCAUAACCUCGAUCAGGUCGUGGGUGAAACCGGGAAUGGAUGUUAAGCUUGUUGUUCUCAGGAGGCCCUGGAUUCAACCUGGUCCUCGCCCUAGCUCCAUGUCCCACCUUUCACCUCCCAAGGCAUUGCGCUACUCGCAAGGGAAGUCGGCUCCUGCUCUGACAGAUCGCGCCAAGUCGAUGAACUUCAUCGAGCAACCUGCCCAAGGCAAAUCCGUGCACAAGGAGGAGAAGGAAGUCAGUGAUUCCGACAUCAACCGGCUUCGAAAAGUAUUCCAACGCGCCGCCAGUGCUCGACCUGUGGACUGGAACUCGGUGUACAGCAGAGCGAGGGGAGAGGAGGAGGAGAUGAGGGAGGAAGGAGAUCUCAAGGAAUGGCUGGCAAACUUUGACAAGAACUUUUGCGUCCCUGGCUCCUUGUGUGCAACCAGCAUGGUCCUCAGCGCCAUCCGCAAGAAGCCUGAGCUAAUCAUGAACAAACAAUUCUUUCGGGACGUGAACGGGAACCUGAUCAGGAUCGAAGGAAAAGCUCUUCCCUCCCUCGAAAACUUCCAACGGGCAGCAGCCAAGUCAGGUAUCACCAACGUCGACCUCCGGGAGCACAGGGCUCGGCUGGCGUACGAGCAGAUUCUUCAGCUCUCGUCGGGAGAGGAGGAGCUGGCGAGCCUGAUCUCGCGUAUCGCCAACCAGAACCUCGGCAUCGCCGUCUAUGAGCGAGUCAUUCGCCACGUCGAGUCGGAGGAGAAUCCAGUCAUCGUAAUGCAGACUGAGGACCAGCACUACAUUGACAUCCGCCGGAACUCCAGGGAUCUCGUCGUCGUUCACUUUGAAGGCAUCUUCCGCCUCCUCCCUGCUGACGCCAUUGAGAGCCUCGAGUCGGCUUCGGUCUUGCACGCCUCCAUCAACCUCAUCCUCCGAGACUCACAGGCCAACGGGUCGUUCGUCCUCCUCAUUCGCCGACCUGUCAAUCCUAGCCAAUGCUCUCAGCCCAAGAGGACGAGGACAAGCGCAAGGGUCAAGGAACGAGCCGUCAGCCUGCAGCUCGGGAGGGUCCACGCUGUGACAAGAGGUGGCAAGGCCUCUGAGCCGCUGGUCGAGAACUGGUUGAAGAAGCAUCCAACCAGCCGGGAGGGAGAGGAGGAGGGAGGUGGGGAGAGGGCAGAUGAUGCGCUCGGUCUGCAUGGGCAGAGCUGCGCCAGCGAUAGGAAGGGAACCGCUUCAAAAACAUGCUCAAGAGACUCAGGACGUCGCAAGUCCUCCAAGCAGGCAGCAACGCAGCACGUGCAGACCACCAGGUCCUCACUCCAGCCGAUCGAAGAGAACGACGGAUCUGAGAGGUGUGCUGGACCGGAGGGCUCGUGGGAGGACGCGUGGGAGGACGAGAGCUGCGCCAAGGAGACUCACGGGCACACCAACGAGGAGCACGGCGAGUCAGACGAGCACGAGGAGGGUACAGCCGCAUGGAUGUGA